AUGUCUACUACCAGCGAUAAUCAUAUUAUGUUUUCUUAUUCAUGGAAAAGUGGCCAUGAGAAAGUGCAUGACAUAGCAAGACAAUUCCAAGCAGCUGAUAUUCCGAUAUGGAUGGAUAUUUACAACGGUCUGGGUCCAAACUUACUCGAUGGAAUGGCGGAAGCUGUAGAAGGAAGUGCUGCUGUUUGUUGUUUCAUAACACCAGAAUACCAAGAAUCCAGAUGUUGCAAAAUGGAAUUAACAUAUGCACAUGAAUUGAAUAAAACGAUUAUACCUUGUUUUCUAACGAAGUUUCAGCCUAAGAGAUGGCUUGGAUUUAUUACAGCAGGUCUCAUCUACUAUGACUUUUCUAAUGGUUUCUAUGGUACAGUGCUCAAUCAACUGAUGCACUAUGUGAAACGUGACAUUCUCAAAGUGAUACCUACAAUUCCACCUAGACCUCAUCCUAUCUCAGUCACGCUAGGAAAUCAGUAUCAUCAAUUGAGAUCGGAUACUACGCAAAAAUGUGCUGUCGGUAGAAUGGACUCACCUGAAGAACAAUCUUCAUUAUACAAUGGUUUCUUGCCCGAUAUUUUUCCAACACAAACAGGUUAUCGAGCUUCCCAAAAUCUUCAGAACGAAUAUUCAACUUUACACGGAGACUGGUCAAUUCAACCGUUAUCAGUCUGUACAGAUCAUCGAAACUCUAACAUUUCAAAAACAAGAACUGGCCAAGGUACAAGUCGUAAUGAUGAGACACAACUUCCACUGAAUUAUAAAGAUUAUCUAUGGUGCAACUAUUUGGACAAUUAA